CCCAAUCACCGGUAGUAAGAUGGUGGCCGUCAAAAUGCAGUUUAGUGUGUGGUCUGUUUUGUUGUUUAACAUUUUGUACAAUUUUUCCUCCGCCUUAUAUUUUCACAUAGGGGAGACAGAAAAGAAAUGCUUUAUAGAGGAGAUCCCCGAUGAAACCAUGAUCAUAGGGAACUAUCGGACACAGCUGUAUGACAAACAGAAGGAAGAGUACUUGCCUGCCACACAAGGACUCGGAAUGUUUGUUGAAGUGAAAGAUCCUGAUGAGAAGGUGAUCUUGUCUCGUCAGUACGGUUCGGAGGGCCGAUUCACGUUCACUUCCCACACCCCAGGAGAACAUCAGAUCUGCCUACACUCCAACUCGUCCAAGUUUGCACUCUUUGCUGGGGGAAUGUUGAGGGUUCAUCUGGACAUCCAGGUUGGGGAGCAUACCAACAAUUAUGCCGAAAUCGCAGCCAAAGACAAGCUGACAGAGCUGCAGCUUAGGGUGCGACAGCUUGUCGAACAGGUUGACCAGAUUCAGAAGGAGCAGAACUACCAGAGGUACCGUGAAGAACGCUUCAGGCAGACCAGCGAGAGCACCAACCAGAGGGUCCUGUGGUGGUCCAUCGUGCAGACGCUCAUCCUCGUGGCCAUCGGCUUCUGGCAGAUGAGGCAUCUCAAGAGCUUCUUUGAGGCCAAGAAACUAGUCUAGAAUGCACUCUUAUUUAUUUAUGCAUUUUCAGUUCAUGCAGUAUAAGGAAACAUCACUCAGCACAUGUCACAAUCUCAAAGAUCUGGACUGGCAAAAUUACCUUAAUAUUGUUCCAACAUUGCAUUUCCCCUCCUCCCUCACAGUUUUUCUUUGGAGUUUAUUUUUUACCUUUUUGUUGUACAGUAAAAAUACCCUUGAUUACCAAUUAAAGUCACAACAUACUUGUUCAGCUUGAAUUUUAAAAGCUGUGAUAAAUCCCCCCUUUUUUGUAAUAGGUUACCCUGUAUUGUGUUUUAUUUUGGGCAGGGCAUGGUUUUAGCCACUGAUUUGGUCUUAGUUUUCUGCCUCUGUUUUGCUUUUGAGAUUGUCUGUUUGGCUAUGAUACUCUUCAGCAGGCUCAUUAAUGUAAAGGUUAGUUGCACUUCUCACUUUUUUCUUUGUAAAUCACAAAAACCACUUGAAAAUUUCUGAUGUAAUUCAACAGGUAAAGAAUACAUACACCUAUCAUUAAUCAAGGUAGGUCAGUGUGAGUCUUCUAAAAUGACAAUAAAGUAAGUUCAAACACCACUGAUAGUUAUUUUUAAACAUUACACAAUCAUUUACUGACCCCUUCUUACAGCAUAGUGCUGUGUUAGACAUGAUCAGCUCAUUUUUAGUCUGUAUUGUGAAAUUUGCUCUUGGUAGAACUUGACCAAUUCAUGCGGCAAAUGGGAUUUUUAUAACAUCCAAAAGGCUUAUUUUAACAAAAUAUUAAAUGUGUAACAUACUUCCAGUGAUUAAUUUGAUGUGCUUUGUACUGUGAUAUUAAACCAGUGUGCUACCGAUCUAAGUCCUAGAUGGUCAGACAUAAACUUGUUAAUAGCAAUGUUGACAGAGUGACCUUUCAGGGCUUGAUCAUGGAAAAUCCUACUAGCCAGAUGUGAAGCAGGAAAUUGUGCCAUCUGUUACAGUUGCUGUGUUUUUGUUUGCUUUAUAUACCAUGAAUUAUGUAUACAGUCUUUGACAAUUGGAAGACCUAGUUACUGUCACUUGAACCAAACCUGUAUGGUAGUUGGUUGGGUAAUAUGCCGGUGUCCUUUUGGGUUGUGAAAUUGUGGUGGGAGUAUGCAUUAGGGACACGUUUUACAACGUGAAUCUCAAUCAUUUAUGUUCUAAUUGGAAUAAAACCCAGGUCAGGUAAUUUUCCUUAUGGUGCAGAAAAUGUGCAUUUCCGUCUGAUUGGCCCAUAUUGGCAAUUUUAUAGAGUCUUUGGGCAAAGCAAUAUACUGAAGUGUCCAAAGAGGCAACCAUCUUGCCCAUUCCAUUCUUAAUGGCAAAUCUGUUAGGUUGUAGGUGUACAUACCAACAUUAAUAGAUAAUGUGUAAGCCCUCCAAUCUGUGUAGUAACUUUUCAGGCAAAUGGCUCUGGUUAGAAUAUCUACAUGUGCAUGGUUUAACUGGGUUAGAAGUUUGAGUAGAACUUACAACAGUUAAGUGAUCUUGAGAAUGAAGAAUACCACAUACUGCAUUUCCUCCUAUCCAGGAUUUCUUGGCACUGUAAAAUGUUAACAUUUUUGUUUUAAAUUUAAAAAAGGAAUUGAAUGUAUGUAUGCUACUGUAAAGGACAAUGGGAUUUGAGCAUUAUGUGUUGUAAAUGUUUUCCUAACAUUUCCAAAAACAUAGUGGGUCCUGAUCACAGUACUUUAAAGUCAUUUGCUGAUUAUUUUUGCUGAGGCACAUCUGAGGAAUCAGAUCCCUGUGUUUCGUCUCGGUAUUGCGCAACCACAAAAUUUCUCUGGUUAAUCAUCAUAGCAAAUGCUCUGUUGUAGACUUUCAUUCAUUCAUUUAGUGUGCCAUUUUCUUUUUGCAUUUGUAUUAUUGAGAAGAGUCUGGCUAAUCAGUCUUUUAUAUUUUGAAUUUGAUCUGUUUUUAAUGAAUAAGAAGUAACAGUGAAAAAUGGGUGAAGGUUUUGCGUUUCAAUGUUUCUUGGGUUAUUAAGGGUGUUCAAAUCUGGAUGCAAAUCUUUAAGAAUUC